AUGGACGAUGGUGACAGCCUGGCCGCUUGUCCCCCAGCCAUUCAAAAUCCUGCGUUCCGCCUGCAGGGCCUGACCGACAACACGCUGGGCGGACUCAACGGCGUGUUGCUUAGCGCGGACGGAACGGCUGCGACGGUCGCGGGCGCGGGGCGGUGGCUGUCCGACCUGCCUUUCGUGCAGCCCACGUACCCGUGGCUGGAAACGACGGCGGUGUGCACGGACCCGGGCGAGGAGGAAGGCAGGCCGGCUGUUUACGAGCUGACGGUGAAGGCAAUUGCGGCAAAUGGCGACCCCUUAGUUGGUUACCCCCUGCAUUGGUGGUACGUCAAGCAUUUGGGCACUUCGGACGCUGUCCCCGUCCGAGUGACGACGGACACGGGGGGAGGGCCCGUCAGCGUCACGGCCAUCCAGGAGGGCACGUGGCAGGAUGACGGGACGCCACCGGAAGGCACGGUGUGGCCCGUUACGGACAGCAAAGGACGGGUGGUCUUUACCGUCGAAGUUCCAAAGAUGGGCUAUGGCCCCUCCUUUGACUUCCGCAUGCCGGGGUUUAUGACGGACCCCCACGAGCGGUUCCACGCAAACGUGCUGAAUAACGUGCAGAAAUUGAAGCGGCCCCCACCGCCGCAGCUGCUGGUCCAGUGCGAGCUGCAGGAGGACUACUCUUAUGGGGAGGGGCCAGACGCGCGAAUUGACGAGACGCGCUCGAAGCCGGUCUACAUGGUGCACGUGCGCGCGCAGGAAGCGAACGGCGGCUUCCGCGCGCGGGAGCAGUUCCGCAUCUACGCCUCGGACCAGACAACGGUGGUCUACAAAAACAAGGAGUACCCCAUCAGCUCCGACGUGGCUCUCGCUGCGGUCAGCGACAACAAGGGUGACGUCAUGCUACACAUUGUCGCGGGUGCCGCGACCGCGCCCCAGCUCGCGGUCUGGGCGGGGUUCAUGCACCGCAGCGAGCGGCAGCUCAUCUCGCCCGACGUGAGCGCGCACGCGCGCCUGGCCAAAGUAACGGGCACGCAGCUGACCGACCCGAAGCGCGCCCCACCGUGGUCCCCCGCAUAUCAGAAGCAGAAGGACGCAGGGACCCCACCCACCAACCGGCUGCUCAACAAAGACGUCCCGCAAUCCACAGCAGACCAGGCGGCGCAAGCGAUGUGCCACGUCAUGGCCGCGGUGCACCCUCCACCUGCCCUCCCCAAGGCCCCUCGCAAAAGGCUGCGCGCGAAUUCUGGCGGCCCCCCCAAUGCUGACCCCCACGCGCCAACCGCGCAGUCCGCGCGGCUGAGCAUCCCCCUCGACGAAGUCCCCGCGCGGCCGACGACGGUGCAUCUGCAGUCGCGCCGCAGAGCCGCCAUCUCUGUCGAGGGCCUUGCUGCCUCUUUGGACGGGUACAAGGGCUUCUCGUUGCAGUUCCUGGAGGGGAACCAGGUGAAGCUAACGUUGCACAAGACCGGGGAGGACGUGCGCGCGCGCACCGAGAAGCUUGCCGCGCAGUGCGCGCGGCGAGGGCCCGACGCGGCCGCGCGCGUCCUCAAGGGGUUCUUCUCUUGGGUGAGCGACGCGUGGAACGCGGUCAAAGAGGCCGCGGAGGCGGCCGCGCGGCUCGCGGAGGAGGCGGUCGAGAAGGCGCGCGAGAUCGUGGUCGCGAUCGAGAACGAGGUGACGGUGUUCGUGCAGACGGCGGAGAGCCUCGCGAGGAUCGUGGUGGACAGCGUCGAGAAAGCGGUGGGUACCGUGGUGGACUUUGUGAGGAAGAUCGGGGUGCUCAUCGAGCAAUUCGUCCAGUUCCUCAUGCUCCUCUUCGACUGGGGCGACAUCCUGGCGGCCAAGGCGCGCAUGCGCGAGCUGCUCGGCGGCUGCGCGAGCGCGCUCGCGGGCAUGCUCGCGCCCGCGAACCUGGCAGGCGUCGUGAAGCUGUGCGAGGGCGAGAUCCUGAAGCUGUCGCCGGGGCCCUCAAGCGCGGCCUUGCCGGCGCCGUCCAACAACUUGCUCGACAACGACUUCGGACAGAAAGCGUGCGGUCAGGCCUCCAGUUCCCGGGUCAAAACCAUGCAGAACCGGGCGACCAACCAGAUCCCACCGGCAGGCGCACAAACCCCCGGGCCCAUCCCAAUCGUGCCGCCGGGCGGCUCCGAGCCGGCGCACUCGAAGCUGGCGACUGCGCUGCUGGGCACGCUGUCCGAUUUGGACGACCUACUGUCCGGGGAUGUGCUGGCGGCGGUGCCGCUCAUCCUGGACCUGCCCAAACUGCUCGACGACCUGUUUCCGCUGGAAGCGUCCGAAGUGACGGACAUCGUGACCGGCGCGUUGCGAGCGGGCGGCGACGCGCUGAAGAGCAACCCGUUUCUAGAUUUGGUGGACGCAGUUUUCGGUGCGAUGGACGCGGGGAUCGACAUCCCGUUCGUCAGCAUGCUCUACAAGUGGAUCACGGGGCACGAGCUCACGGUCCUGGACCUGCUGUGCCUGCUGCUCGGCCUCGCCGCGCACAUCGCGUACGCGUGGGCGUCCGAACUGCUCACCGGACACGGCGCCUCGUUCGCGGACGACGCGGCCGGGCUCGCGCAGUACUUCGGCGACACGCUCCGCAACGGGAUGGCGCUCGCGCUCGGCGGCUCGCACGUGGCAAAGCAGGAGAGGCUGACGGACGUGCCGAAGACGCCCAUUUUGAUCAGCUACUGCGUGCUGAAGGGGGCCCACAUCUUCACCAACCUGGCGACCAUGCUAGUGUUGGACGCCACUCGUACGACGGUGGGCAAGGAUCUGGACGGAUGCUGGCAAUGGCCGCUCGUCGGGACCGACGCGCUGCUCGAGCUGGGCGCGCAGACCGUCAUGCUGAUCUACAAGUUCCAGGAAGCGAUCGACACCCCGUCGGGCACGGACAAGGCCGUGGCGGCCAUCAGCUGCCUCACGGGGAUCAUCAUGGCGAUCCGCACUUUUGGCGGCCUCGCAGACGCGUAUACCAUAGAGAGAACCAAGAAAUUGCCCACCGGCGGAUGGACGGACCCGGUUCUUAUUGCCGUUGAUAAGCUGCUCGGAGGGCUGUCGGGGCCGAACUUCAACGCCCUGAUGGCGUGCCUUGUUGGCUUGCUAUUCGCAGACGUCGGGAUGAUCAUUUUUGAUUUCGCAAAGGGGGAGUGGAAGCAGCACGUCAGCAGUCUUGGGACUCUGGUAGGCGUUGUCCACACCGUCUACCAACACAGGCUCAACGGUCAGGUGUUGCUUCGGGCCUUGAGUGCGGAGGGGGCGGAGGUCCCUUCCAAGCAGAAAGAGAUCUACGCUUCGGCGGUCGUGGAAGCUGUAAGCAUGGCGCUUAACGUCGUCUCGUUAGCUGAAUGAGCUUAGCUGCAGGCUACUUAGUAAUGAUAAUUAUCCCUACUCGUGAGUCACCUAGGAGGCGCUUCUGGUAAGUUUGUUCAAUCUUCUUAGCGACCUAUGAAUACUAUUAGUCCGUAUCCCGUAACAAUGUCGUCGAGGGCCCGUGUUUAUCAAGUUUUGCAUCAGGCCUGACUGAGAGCUGCUUCUUGAGAGAGAUUAAGUUUGCGGCAUUUAGAGUCAGCACGGUCGGUUCCGUCCUGUCAGACGUCUUAGGAUUACUGCCACCCGC